AUGGACUGGCAACUGAUCAACCCGCUGCAAGCACACAACACACGCUCAAGUCCUGAAGUUAGGUUAUCAGAACAACAUGGACAACAUGGAGCUUGACAUUUCAUUCGACUUCUUCGACAACAGUACUGACAACAUCUCAGAGGAGUCUGGAGAAUUUGGCAUGGACUUCCCAGAGCCAUGUGGCAGAGCGCUCAGCAACGACUUCAACAAGAUCUUCCUGCCGACAGUUUACGGGAUUAUAUUCAUUCUGGGCAUCAUUGGCAAUGGAUUAGUGGUUAUUGUCAUGGGCUAUCAGAAAAAGGUCAAAACCAUGACGGACAAGUACCGGCUCCAUCUCUCUGUGGCGGACCUCCUGUUCGUCCUCACGCUGCCCUUCUGGGCUGUGGAUGCAGCCAAGAACUGGUACUUUGGGGGUUUCCUCUGUGUGUCCGUGCACAUGAUCUACACAGUGAACCUGUACAGCAGCGUUUUGAUCCUGGCCUUCAUCAGUCUGGACAGAUACUUGGCAGUUGUGCGAGCCACCAACAGCCAAGCCACGAGGAAGCUGCUUGCAAGCAAAGUGAUCUAUGUUGGUGUGUGGCUGCCUGCGGCUGUACUGACUGUGCCUGACCUGGUGUUUGCCAGGGUGCAAAACACGGGCUCUUCAAACUACCCCUUUUUAGACGAAAGCAUCGAGACGGCAGACUCCAGGAUCAUCUGCCAGCGCAUCUACCCGCAAAUGCACAAUGCCAUUUGGACAGUUGUUUUUCGCUUCCAGCACAUCCUGGUGGGCUUCGUACUGCCCGGUCUGGUCAUCCUCAUCUGCUACUGCAUCAUCAUCGCCAGGCUGUCGCAAGGCUCCAAGGGCCAGGCUCUGAAGAGGAAAGCGCUGAAGACCACGAUCAUCCUCAUCCUUUGUUUUUUCUCCUGCUGGCUGCCCUACUGUGUUGGCAUCUUUUUGGACAACCUGAUGAUGCUGAAUGCGUUCUCUUUCUCUUGUAACCUGCAACAAGCGGUGGAGAGGUGGAUUUCUAUCACAGAGGCGCUGGCCUAUUUUCACUGCUGCCUUAACCCCAUCCUCUAUGCUUUCCUGGGAGUGAAGUUCAAGAAAUCAGCCAGGAUUGCACUGACAGCCAGCAGCAGAUCAAGUCAGAAAGUAACUCUCAUGACCAAAAAGCGAGGAGCAAUUUCAUCCGUGUCAACUGAGUCCGAGUCCUCAAGUGUUUUGUCAAGUUAACAAACAGUCAAGCAGCCUUGAUACUCUCAGGAGAGAAAACAAAACUAAGCUUCAAUUUCAAAGAACUUACUACAUUUGUACAGAUGUAAAAAAAAAAGAGUUUUUUAUACUUUUUCAUUUGUUCGCCUUGUUUACUGCAAUUGUGUUCUUAUUGCAAUUUGUGCAAGUUUGAUGUUCUUCAAAGCAGAUUUUGCCUGCAGGCAGUGCCUCAUUUUCAUUCACUCAGCUUUACGAUCAAGAACCAUUUUCUCUAUUUCCAUCUUUACAAUCUAUGCUACUGUAUCAAAGGUCAGGUAAACAAUGCCCUACUCUGUUUUUCAUGGAUGGUAGCUGCUCUUAGACAUAGUACUGUACAUAGUUUGUAGCAUUUGUGUGUUUGCACUUAAACUGUGUGAUUUUCUGAAAGCUGUUAUUUAUUGCCGUCAUUCACACUGGACGUUUUGUUAAAAAGAACGAAACUGCAUGCUGCUUUUUUUAAUUGUUUUUACCAUUUUUAACCUGUUUUUUAUGUAAAUAAAUUUUA